CUGCUCCUCAAACACCACCGAUAGCAGUGACGUUCCAUCCCCCUCCACCACACAAACGGGGUUGAAGGUGGGAAAAUCUUCAGUAGACUUUGGGGCUGUUGCCGCAAAAAGUCUGUGAUGUCAGGCUUCUUGCGACGAGACGAGCCCGGGGAGGGGGUGAAGCCCCUUCAAGGAGGGGAGUGUGGGCGAACCGCAAAACUUUGCCCGUCUUCCUGGGUGUAAUUGCUCCCUCAUAAGCAACGGUGCUUUUCACCUUGCCCCCCCUUCGUAUCUUUUCUAUUCUCUAUCCUCACAAUACGAAGCUGAAAAUACCUGCAAGUCUAACUUCAUCUGCUCUUGUAUCCAUCUCUGCCCUAUACUUCUUCGUAUCAUAUCGUAUCGUUGUACCUUUCCAUAUUCGUAUACACACAUCCACCCCCACGAUGAGGCUCAUCAUCCGCGACGAUGCCGAGGCCGCCAGCGCCUACGUAGCCAACUACGUCGUUGAUCGCAUCAAGCACUUCAACCCUACCCCGGCUCACCCCUUCGUCCUCGGCCUGCCUACAGGAAGCAGUCCGCUCGGUGUAUACAAGAUCCUUGUUCAGAAGUACAAGGCUGGAGAGAUCUCUUUUGAAAAUGUCAUCACCUUCAACAUGGACGAAUACGUCGGCAUCCCCCGCGACCACCCAGAAUCAUACCACUCCUUCAUGUGGAAGCACCUCUUCUCCCACGUCAACAUCCACCCCCAAAACGUAAACAUCCUCAACGGCCAAAACCCAAACCUCGAAGCCGAGUGCGUCGCCUACGAAUCCAAGAUCAAAGCCGUCGGCGGCAUCGACCUCUUCCUCGCGGGCAUCGGCGAGGACGGGCACAUCGCCUUCAACGAACCCGGCAGCUCCCUUGCCUCCCGCACCCGCGUCAAGACGCUCGCCUACGACACCAUCCUCGCCAACUCGCGCUUCUUCGGCAACGACGUCGACCAGGUGCCCCGGCUUGCGCUGACCGUCGGCGUCCAGACUGUCCUCGAGGCGCGCGAGGUCGUGGCCAUCAUCCUGGGCGCGAAGAAGGCGCUCGCGCUGCAGAGGUGUAUCGAGCAAGGUGUGAACCACAUGUGGACGCUGUCGAGCUUACAGCUGCACCCUCACCCCAUGAUCGUCGUCGACGAGGACGCGACGCUCGAGCUGCAGGUCAAGACGGUCAAGUACUUCAAAUCCAUCGAAAAAGUAGCCCGCGAACAAGGCUUCGAACAAAUCCUCCCCUCCAAAAUCCGUACCGGCCCUUCCCCGCCCCCCAUACCCAUAACCCGCAUCGACGAAGUCGACACCCCGACAAUCCUCCACCCGCAACCCACAACCUCGCGCCUGCUCCGCGCCUCCCCGGCGACAGAGUACCCAAUCCGCUCGCGCUCCACGUCCCCGGACAUCGAGCUCGUCUUCGAGAGCAUGGCCUCCCGCACAAAGUCCCCCUCCGAGCAACAGCUCCGCGCCGUGACGCCUGAUCUCGUCACGGACAGGAUGGCGGAGCGGAUCCCGGGGGUUCCUGCGCUUGCGGGACGGUUGACGCCUAAUCCGGAGCAGCAGCAGCAGCAGCAGACUUCUUCGAUUAGUAGAUCUGCGACGCCCGAGUUGGUACCGGAUCGUAUGGCGUCGAGGAUCCCCGAGCCUUCGCUUGCGAGGCGGUUGACGCCGAACCCGGAGCAGCAGAUGAUGUCGCGGGUAAAUGCCGUUGGUGCUUGAACGACGGGACACCCUUUGAUUCUUUCGUUUUGUGAUUUUGUAAGCAUAUUUGGAGACUUUUACCCCUUUUUUUCUUUUUUCUUUUUUCAUUCACUCGCUAGAUGCGAAGCAAAUUGAGAGAUGCAUUGCGGAGAGGCCUCAAACAGAAUGUAGCAUAGUAGACUACGGCCAAAAUAAAGGCAAGGGAAAGAAAAACUUCAUGAGACUAGAUUUAUGACUUGGUGGUAUAAGAAUGAGACUUUUGUGUGAGGAAGCAAAAUUACCCCUGAACUGGGGGUUUGUAGAGCAGGUCUCGCAGUGUACUAGAUGAAGGCACCUGAAAAAUGAAUUAGAAGAAUGUUAAGAGGGUUGCGUACAGUAUCUUCCUGUGUUGCAUCUUUUGGAUGUUUGAUACGUCAAGUACCGUGUAGCAUGCAACGCUGCGAAUGAAAAACCCGACCUCUGAAAGGAGCCG